AUGGCAUCGCCUCUGACGUCUAGAGUACCACAAUGUAUUUCUUGCGUGCGGCGGACGUUGGGGUAUAUGGGAGAGAAAGUUCUUUUUCCAGCACAGCAAAUUCGUGGAAAGAAGAAGCUUAGCAGAACCCCGAACAAGGUCAACGCUCUUUUGUUGAAAGACAUCAAAGGAUUUGGAAAGAAAGGAAACGUUGUAUCAAUCGUCGCUGGUGUGAUGAGAAAUCAAUGGUACCCUCGACGACAAGCUGAGUAUGCUACGGCUGCGAGGAUGAAGGAGCUGGGGCUAAGACAGGAGGAUGUUAUUGAAGGUGGAUUACUACCGGCAAACGAAGAUGCCAUACCAAAUGAAGCUGCAAAGGCGGCAGCGGAUGCUCUACUGUCAGCUGAGGAUGCUCCAAAGCCAGAAGGAUAUGUACCGUUCUUAAGAGCAGAAAAGCCCAGGAAAGCCGAGAAGAUUGUGCCACCUUCCGCUCCAGAAGCAGAGAAAGGGCCAGAAACACCUACCCCUGUUGAAGCUUCCGCAAUUCUAUCUUCUGUCCUGCCAGAACAUCAAGACAUCACAUUCUUACGAACGCCGUUAACGACGGCACCGGCUAUACCAAGGCGCAUGUCGCCGUCACUACCUGCGAAAGCGGCUGUCUCUGUUGCAGCUGGGGGGAAGACCUCGAUUAAGCCACUACAGACGGGCAUAUUUGGCAGCGUUUCAACGACCGACAUUGCGCUACAAGUCAAUUCGUUUUUGGCCAAACACCGUAAAGGCGCAUUAAUAAACGUAUCGCCAGACGAGAUUGCAUUUGUUGACGAGCUAGAGGACGCCACGAGAGUCAAGCACUUGGGAGAUUUCAGAAUUGAUAUCAAACUGCGAGGUGCACCAACUGCGAUUCGACGUACAUCUGUAGAUACAAAGCUCAGAUUAGCGAUAUGGAGGAUUUCUGGUUUUCUAUUCGGCAUACCAAAAGGCAACUUGACAGCCAUAUUCCAGCCAUAG